CUUUGCCUUAAAGGGCCAGCAGGUGAAAAGUGGAUUUACGUUGCCACGUCUUUUGGUUCUGGGGUGUAAAUGGUGCAAUGGGCACAGCUGUGUGAGUGGCUAGACUGCCCCUGGAUAUUCCUGCACUGCUCCAGCUAGUUCAUGAACUACAUGGUUAAUUAAAUAGCAACGAUGCUUGUGAUAGUAGCGGUGCUGCUUGCCUGUGCCAGUGGGGCGCUUAUCCCUGAGCCGGAGGUGCAGAUCCAGGUCUUGGAGAAACCAUUCAUCUGCCGGAGGAAAAGUAAGAACGGCGAUCUGUUGCUGGUCCAUGCGGAGGGAUUCCUGGAGAAGAACGGGUCGCGCUUUCACUCAACUUACAAGGAAAACAAUGGGCAGCCUGUUUGGUUUACACUUGGAAUUAGAGAAGUUAUUAAAGGAUGGGAUAAAGGUCUCCAGGACAUGUGUGUUGGAGAGAAAAGAAAACUGAUUGUGCCCCCAGCUCUUGCUUAUGGAAAAGAAGGGAAAGGAAAAAUCCCUCCAGAAAGUACGCUUAUUUUUAAUAUUGACCUUAUGGAAAUUAGAAAUGGGCCAAGAUCUCACGAGUCAUUCCAAGAAAUGGACCUUAAUGAUGACUGGAAAUUGUCCAAAGAAGAGGUAAAGGCUUACUUGAAAAAUGAAUUUGGUAAGCACGGGGGUAAUGUGAAUGACACCGAUCAUGAAGUUUUAGUUGAAAGCAUAUUUGAAAAAGAAGAUGAAGACAAUGAUGGAUUUAUAUCUGCAAGAGAAUUUACAUAUGUUCAUGAUGAGCUUUAGGUAUAGGCUUUCCAUAUUAGGGUUGGUCAGACAGUACAUGACAAUAUGCAAUACUUGUGUUUAUAUAUAAAAAAAAAAAAAAAAAAUUGGUAGAGAACCCAAGCCUGAUAUUUCUAGUGCCUAUGAGUUACUUGACAGUGAAAGUUUACAAAUUGUAUAGGUUGGAGCAACGACCAUAUCAUAGGGGGUUUGGUUGAUGAUGGUAGCUGUACAUUGCCACCUUGUGUUGAUGUGCCCAUAGGCUGAACCAGUAAUUCCAUUCCAUUUAUCAAUCUGCCCUUCACACAAACAACUUAUUUAAAGUCUUUUACAUGAUCAUGUCUCAGCGUAUGUCCAGUUUUGCUCAGUUGUUUAAAUGCCUGUUUAAAUUUUUUUUUUUAUUAACAAUGUUACUAACCAUUUAGAAGCCGACCACAUUUUUUAAGAUAUUUAAUGAACUUGUAAAGGUGAAAAAAUAAAAUGUAUAGGCUUGUUUUACAUUUUUGACUAAAACCUUUUAUAAUAAAAUGGAGCCCAAGGAAAUAUUUUAAAAUUCUAGACCUCAUUUUGUUACCAGAAAGCUCAGGGCUAUUGAAUUCUCUGAAAUCCUAAUGUGUGCAUACUAGAAUACCUAAUAAUAAAAUUGCCUAUUUGGAAA